CAACUACAUACCCAUGCAACUUUCACAUGUACGAACCGCAUCACGACACAUGCAUCUCUAUCAUCCACUCUAGACUUCCAAACAACAAAAAGCAUGAAACCCGCGCUACUAUCUUCAUGUCUAUGGAUCGCCCUCGCCCUCGCCCUCGCCCUCGCACAGCACGAGCACCUCCGACUCCACGCCGUCGUCUCCCGCGCCGACGGCUCCGCCGGCUUCCAGUGCUGGGAAAUGGCCGCGCCCUUUACGCAGUACCCCACGACCGGCCAGGCCAUUCCCGAAUUCGCACGCGUGUCCAACGUCUCCUACGUGGUCCUCCCCGCGCGCUCCAGCGAGGGCAUCCACAACCCCCCGCACUCCAUGUUCUUUGCCCUGCUCUCCGGGCAGGCGCACAUCACGCUCCCCCGGGGCGGGGAUGAGCUGUGGGUGACGGCUGGCGACGCCGACGCACUGAUCAUCGCAGACGAUGUCGCCGGCGAGGGCCACAUCACCGAGUAUCCCAUGGACAGGCCGUCUGUCGCGCUGCAGAUUCCCUUUAGCGGUGGGAGGGCGCCUGCGCACAGGGUGCUGCACGAGGGGCCAUGCUCCCGGAGGGAGACUGCGUCCUCGAGACACAACAUGAAAGACGGGGGCACCAGGCACGAAUUAAGGGCGCAAGAGUAGUCAAUUGACAGUCUGUUGGUAGAUUAUACAGACGGCAGACUCUAUAGGAUCGAC